AUCAUGCUGGCCAUCAUCACCAAGAUGACCCUCACCCAGGUCUCCACCUGGUUCGCCAACGCCCGCCGGCGGCUCAAGAAGGAGAACAAGGUGACCUGGGGCUCCAGGAGUAAGGACCAAGAAGAUGCAAACCUCUUCGGGAGUGACAAUGAAGGGGAUCCCGAGAAGAACGAAGACGAUGAGGAAAUCGACCUGGAGAGCAUAGACAUAGAUAAAAUCGACGAGAACGAUGGGGAGCAGAGCAACGAGGAAGAGGAGGAGAAGCCAGAACUCCUGAGACAAAGCAGUGAAGAGGAGCAUUUGGAAAAGGAAAAGGAUUUGGCACUGUCAGGGUCUGAAGGGCUGAAACCCAAAGAUGCACUGGCCAUGGUGAAGGAGGCCUCUGACAACAGCACGCGAAUCAUCAGUCCUGGGGGACCAAACAAUUUACAGAUGCCAUCUCACAGCAAACCUAAGAUUUGGUCUUUGGCAGAGACAGCAACCAGCCCUGAUGGUGCCCUGAAAUCUUCUCCCCCUCCACCGCCUCCUCCCCAGGUUAACCACACUUCCCCACAGAUCCAGCACCCCGCUUUUCUCCCUAGUCAUGGACUCUACACGUGCCAGAUUGGCAAAUUUCACAACUGGACAAAUGGGGCUUUCCUCACUCAGAGUUCCCUGCUAAACGUGAGGUCCUUUUUGGGAGUAAAUCACCACCACACUGCUCAUCACAAUCACCACCUCCAGGCCCAGCAACAACCUUCUGUUUUAACAGCAACGCUGGGAGCCCUAAGCAGUGAAAAACCUUCAGAGAGGACCAGUCCCAAACACAUAGAAAAUGUACCAAGAACCGAAUCCCCACCUCAGCCGUUAAAAUCGCCCUUCCAGCCUGUCCGUGACAACUCUUUGGCUCAGCAAGAGGGAACACCGAGAAUUUUAACAGCUCUCCCAUCCGCUUGAUUAAAUGGUUUGGUGAAAAAAUAUUACAGAGACUGGUAUUAAGGACAGAGGAAAAAAAAAAAAAAAAAAAAAAGAAAGCGAUAUAAACGACUCCCAUCAAUCUCUUUUUGCAAUAAGGUGGUGCAAAUCCAUAAAAGCGAUUACACAAAUCUGUAGAUGGAUCCCCUUCGUCAUUGUACCAUUUCAGAUCGUGUUAUUCUAACCAUUCUUGGAUUAUUUGUUUGGUAAAUGUUUCCCAUGUGUUUGUGUUUUUUCUGUAUAUAGAGUGAUUUCAGAUUGUAAAUAGCGCGUCAGCAAAACUUGUCUAAAUCAUAUAUUUUUGUCUAAUAAACUAAAUGAAAUUAUGAG